AUGUUCAGUAUGGCAAAACUACGUCGCUGCUCCCCGCUGUUCUCGUGUUCUCUUCUGUUCGUUGCUGCUCUUCUUUUAUUUGGAGGCUUGGUUCAAUGCGCAAAGGUCGGUGCCGGCAAGCAUGAAUUGGACGGGAAUGGGAAGAUCUCAAAGCUGGGCAGUAACAUGGUGGUGGUCAAAGAGGGAGCGGACUUGUCUUCAUUGAAGAAUCUGCCAGAGGCGUGUCAUGAUGUGGAGUGGGAUGGCAAAGAAUGGAUAAAGAUCUUGUACAAGAAGGACGGAGCGGCUAAAGAAGGAUGCGUCUUGGAUCUCGUCGCCGAGGAGAAGCCAGAGCUUAAAGUGUAUAUUGGCGUCAAAUUCUCUAAUAAUAAGUGCUUGAAAGGCUAUCACAAUAUGUUGCCGUUCACGUACAGCCUUGGAGGAGGUCAAUUUGAGAAGCUCAAGGAUGGCAAGAAUCAAGCUCGAAGAGGGGAAAGCGGUGACUGCGGGCAUGAAAGGCAGUGUUUGGAUAAUAACGGCUACUGCUUGAAGGUCGCUGACUUUAUGGUGGGAUUUGGCAGGGACAGAGAAUAUAUAAUGCCUAUGUUGACGCUAGUUGACGAGCCUAAUAUAUUGUUUAGCACUUUGGACGGCAAAAAAGUUUACGACAAGCGAAGUUACAAGGAAACCUUCAAAAUUAAUAUGGGGUUUGCAGACAAUUUUGGUUUUACUCUCAACAUCGACAACGACAAUAAGGAAUGGUCAACAAAGAUUGGGGAUUAUUGUUUGGACGAUAAUCAGGGAGACCCAUUCUGCUUCAGCAAAAAGCAUCUCAGAACCAUCAAACAUUGGGAGAUCACCGAUGAGAGUCACACAGACAAGCAAUUCAAAUAUCUCUUCACCUUCUACUUGCUGCCACAGAAAGCGGCACGGAGUGGUGGGGAUAUCAAGACGAGUAAUAACAAGCGCUGUAAUAUAUACAGUAGAAGACUUGAGGACGAGAUGCUGGAUGGGCCAAACUGUGAUUAUUUGUUCAUUAAAUUGAGUACCGAAAAGUUCAAAUUGCUUGUUCCUGAAGAAAAGCCGACGACAACACCAAAACCAAUCGAACCGACAACACCGCCGAUACCAACAUCAAAGCCGCCACCGACAUCGACAAGGACUUCACAAGUUGACAGCAAACCCCCUAAAAGGAGAAAAACAACACCAUCAGAGGAAGGAACAGAAGAAGAAACAGAACCUUCCCCAGCUGCAAAAAGCUCACGUGUGGUCGUUAUCGUCAUUAUCACGGUCAUCGUCUUUAUGAUCAUUCUCAUCAUCAUUGGCUGUCUUGUCUGGCUCUUGGUGUGCCGUAAGAAGGAAGAAGAGGAAGAACAACCAUUAGAAGAUUAUUUUGGAACUCCGGGAAUUACUGGCACUGGGGGGACUGUAAAGACAACGACUGAGGUUACUGAAGAGAGGCCGACUAUUGGUGACACCCAAAACAAGACAGGAUAUUUCGACAAAGCUUCAGAGGACUACGAUAAUACGUUUAAACGAGACGGGACUUGA